AUGUCUUCGGAUGAAUCUAUUGAAUCUGCUCAAAAAGCUGUUCUGGAAGAAGUAACAAAACAUGAAUAUGAAUUAAAACAUGUUGAUCCACCAGCUGAAUCGUUAUCAACGACUCAAGCUAAAGUAUUACUAGAAGUCCAAGGUGGUAAACAUGAACUACAUCAUGUUGAGCCCCCAGCUGAAUCAUUAUCAACAACACAAGCGAAAGUCUUGAUAGAAGUUCAAGGUGGUAAACAUGAGCUACAUCAUAUUGAACCACCAGGUACACCAUUAUCAACAACACAAGCUAGAGUAUUACUCGCAGUUCAAGGUGGUAAACAUGAAUUACAUCAUGUUGAACCACCAGCUGAAUCCUUAUCAACAACACAAGCUAAAGUUUUAAUAGAAGUUCAAGGUGGUAAUCAUGAAUUACAUCAUGUUGAUAAUCCUCCAAAAGAUGGAUUAAGUGAUGCUGAAAAACAAGCUUAUUUGGAAGAGAAACAAUCAAAUUAA